AAACAUUUAUUUAAUUGACUCAGUGUUGAUCCAAGUUGUACAAAGAUCGAUUGAAGAAAAAAAAAAAAAUCAUGUCAUCACAAAGAUACAGAGUUUUGGAUUUAUACAAAACGUUGCUAUAUAUGGGAAAAGAUUAUCCUCAAGGCUAUGAUUUUUUUCGUAAAAAUUUAAAAAAUUCAUUUACAAAAAAUAAACAUGAAACUGAUCCAGUUAAAAUUGAAGAAAUGAUUGAACGUGGUAAAUUUGUCAUUAAAGAAAUUGAAGCACUUUAUAUGCUUAAAAAAUAUAGAACAAUUAAAAGAAGAUAUUAUGAUGAGCCUGUUAAUAAAUAAUUAUAUAAUAAUAAUAUUUUAUCAUCUACCUUGAUGUUCAGAAAUUGCAGAAAUUAAAAAAAAUAAAUAUUUAAAAAAGAAAACACAGACACCAUAUUGUUUAUUAUAUAAAACACUUGUUAUUUUUUAUUGUAAUAUAAUAAAUAAAUAAGUUUUUAAAAUAUUAACAU